AUGGUGGAUGGUUACUAUAACUAUGCCAUCACUAUUCUGCUGCUCACACUCAUAGCUCGAGGGCUCCAUCUCCGGUUUUUGUAUCAGACUUACCGAGCUACUAAGAAGGCGGCCGAUGAGUCCGAAGACGGCGUGCUAUGCCGUGUCAGGUUCGAUGGUGUGGUUGAGGAGGUUCUGGUGGUGGAGUUAGUACCUGGCGACAUUGUGAAGCUGGAGGUCUCGCGUUCGAUCCCUGCCGAUUGCAUUUUGCUGCGAGGCUCGGCCACCAUCGAGCACUCCUUUAUAUCUGGCGAAUCGGAAGUGUAUACUCUCCUAGCGGCGAGCCCAGGAUUCCCCCCAGGCCCCGAGAGUCUGCUUCUAUGUGGUGGACUGCUACUCGAUGCUAGUUGUGAUGCCGUUUUCCUUGUCAUUGCCACCGGUAAUCAAACACUCCAAGGCCUCCACCUGCAGACUGCCACCUUGCGUCGUAGCAGUGCCGUUGAAAUACGCUUCAAACGAGUGUUAGUAGCUUGCACUCUAUUCCUGGCCGCUGCUGGGGCUUUCGCUUUCAUACUAAGUUGGCUGUUCUUACAACAGGUCACUCUAUACGACCGAAUAAUGAGGUCUAUAGACGUCCUCACUGAUGCUCUGCCGCCAGCCUUGCCCGUUGCAUUGCUAGUUCUACAUCUGUCGUGUUCUUCUAGCCUACGGCUGCCACCUGGAGUCCAGCCAGCCCAACGUGGGUUCCUCCCUCCUCUAAUACUGGCCGGGCUAGUGGAUGAGGUUAUCUUCGAUAAGACUAACACCAUUACAACGGGCGAAGCCUCAGUCGUUGGUGUAGCAUGUGGUGAUCCGAUGGGUGUGGUACGAAAUCCUCACCAGUUACGCUCUAUGCAGGCCGCUGAGCUCUUGCGUCGUGCAUUGAGAGUUUCUCACUGCUCUGACCUCCACUUCUGUACGCCAGAUCCCGUUGACAGGGCCAUCCGUGAGUAUGUCAACUGCUUGGGGGACGAGCCCUGUGUACACUGCCAUGAGAAUGAGUCGAGCCCGGCUGCAAUUUCGAUUGCCGACUCCCCAGCGGUGGAUGAUAAGUACUCCUUCGCGACAUCUUCAUCAUACUUCUCCAUCGAUGAAAUACAUCCACCCGACGUGUCUCUUGAUAUGACAACACCACUAGCGCACUCUCCCUUCGACCCGUCCACACGCCUGACUGGUGUCCUCUGUGGUUCACCUAAAGGCCCUACUGCUUUGAUUGUCCGUGGUGCCCCGGAGGCGGUGUUUGCCGCUAGCGACCCUUCAACAAUACCCGUCAAUUUUCACGAGAUACUCUCGGGUUACACCAGAAGCGGCUUGCGAGUCUUGGCAUAUGGCUUUCGAAAUAACUUUGGUGUGGAGGAGAGCAGAUGGAUGCUACCUGAUAAUCUGCGAUUCCUCGGGCUGAUAUUCAUUCAUACAACCGUUCAUCCCUUAUCUACUGAGACGAUAAGUGAACUGACCAGGGCUGGCGUAAAGUGUGUGCUCUGUACGGGCGACGCCGAGGGAACUGCUCGGGCUUCAGCCAGUGCUAUCGGCCUCCUGUCGCGCACAAGCCUCGCUCUACCAUUGAUGCAAGAUGAGACGGUGUACGCUCGAAUGACUCCUUGGUCCAAGGAAGAGUUUGUUCGCUGCUGUAAUGCCGAUGGGCGGACUGUGAUGAUGUGUGGGGACGGUACGAAUGACAUCCCCGCCUUAUGCUCGGCUGCUGUCGGACUCGUUCUCAACUCUGCAUCAUCUCACUCGAGGUGGAACACUACUACCGCGUUGCAGUACUUAGCUGGUGGCUGCCUAGUUGCUAUUGAUGCACUCAAGGGACCGUGGUUGGCUUGCGAGGUCUUGUCGCAAGGGCGAUGGGCUAGUGCUGCUGCGGUUGUUAUCAUACGACUCGGAGUUACUUAUGCGAUCCUUCAGCUUUCCUGUGUUCUACUGCUCUACCGCUCUGGUGAUAAUCUAACUGACUCUCAGUACGCCAGGCUCGACCUUGUUUACUCUCUGCCCUCCCUCCUACUCACUGCUCUCUUCUUGAGAUCAAGGUUCAGUACGCCGUUAUCACACUCGCCGUCGCGGAAUCCACUCGGGGUCGCAACUUGUUGUUUGACAGCACUGCAUGUGCUACUGGGUAUUGGCCUGCAAAUUCUGCUCCUCUCCAUGGUCGAGUCGGAGGCUUGGUCCACUCCGAGGAAUACGCGUUCGAAACCAGUUAUCGAUUCUUGCCAAAGCUGGACAUUAUACGAAACACUCUGCCUCAACUAUCUCAGUUUGGCCAUCGCGUUGACAUUGAGGAACUCCGUCGAGUCCUGGAGAUCUGUCUCUCCUGUGACCAUAUUGGCUCUACUCUACACGGCUGGUUUCUUAUACAAAGUCCUGCAUAUAAUUUUAGCUGAACACGAUCCACCAUUACCCCUCUUCUUCAGAAUCGCUCUAGUCGGCAUUUAUGUCGCACACGUUAUACUCACCUCAACGAUGGAGAAGAUGAGCUUUUUAUUAUGCAGCAAUACCAGACUAUAUUUGAGUAAAGAUUGA